CUAUCCCCCCUACCAGAGAGAGAAGGACCAGAGCUAGCCAGGAACCCAGUUUCAGCAGUCUGCCCGUCCCCGGCACGGGGAAGACUGGGGCGCAUUGUCGGGGGUACCCCGGCGGGGGCGGGGCCCUGGGGCUGGCAGAGCAGCCUCCGGUGGAAGGGGAGGCACUUCUGCGGAGGCUCCAUCAUCUCCCCGCGCUGGGUCAUCACCGCGGCGCACUGCUUGGUGCAUUCCAACAUGCUCGAGCCAUCCAACUGGGAGGUUGUGGUGGGAUCAUUGCGAUUGCUGGACUCCCAGGGUCAGCGGUACCGUGUGGGGAGGGUGAUCUACCACCCCCUGUUCAACUCCAGUGGGGACUACGACCUCGGCCUUCUGAGCAUGCUCACAGACAUCCAGCUGAUAGGGGGAGUGCGGCCUGUUUGUCUGCCCAGUCCCAGCGCGUCCUUCCCUCCUGAAACAAGGUGCUGGAUUACAGGCUGGGGGUAUACCAGAGAGAACGGGCUGCUGUCCGACGAGCUCCAACAGGCGUGCGUUCAGAUCAUAUCCCCAGCCACGUGCUCCCAUCGGAAUGUCUACGGAGGCCUCCUAACUCCCCGGAUGUUUUGUGCUGGUUUCAUGAAGGGAGGAGUCGACUCGUGUAAGGGCGACAGCGGGGGUCCACUGGUCUGUGAGACCGGUCCCGGGGACUGGAGGCUCGUGGGCGUGGUGAGCUGGGGGCACGGCUGCGGCCGCAACGGUAAACCGGGAGUGUACACCAGCGUGACCUCGCUGGUCAACUGGAUCUACCGUGAAACCCAGAUGGACAAACCUGCCGAGCUUCAAGAAUAAAGAGCCAACACAUUGAUUUCCUGACGUUUAAAACACUCUGCAAAUAAAAACAGAGAUAACAAAUGUGUUUGGCCUCUGUGUUAUUUUGAGUGAGCUUAAUUUAAUGUUCAUGUUUUAUCUAAAAGCUUAA